AUGUUAAUUAAUAUACUCAGCUCGCAGGAGCAGUACACCAUCAAUGGGCUUGAAGUCGAACCCAAUCAGACGGUUGCCUCGCUUUGUCGUGAAAUCGCAACGCGCUUAAGUAUUCAAAACUUGGAGAGGAUCCGACUUGUUUUUUGCGGCCGACUUCUUCAUAAUGAUCGUUCUCUUGGCGAAUACGACAUAAGUGACGGCUCUACUGUGCACAUGGUGAUCCGCUCUGAAGAAACGAUAAACAGCAGAGCGGAGCAACCGACUAGGCAGAGCACCAAUACCAGCGGUACCCACACCCUCAGCGUCCACGCCAGCACAGGGGCCUUUCCACUAUCUGAUAUAGGCUCGCUCAUAGGCUCUAUAAUAUCACAGCAGUUACAAAACACCACAACGAACAUCCCCCACACCGAGCCCUUAUUCGCAGCUGGCGCAAACGUGCUCAACAGCAUCUUCACAGGCUUCACUAGCAGUGGCGAUAACAAUGCACAGAGAGAAGCCGCGGGUCGCCGCCCCCAGUCACACGCCCCUGCAACCCAGCCACGCGCGUCAGCCCGAGCUGCCAGCAUGACCGAAGAAAGCGAGGCUGUGCGCCCCGCACACGCCCAUCCCUCCACGGCGUCGGCGGAAGUGCCCGUCGCUGGCGUCUAUCUGCAUGUUCACUGCAACCUUUCCGAAGUGGAUCUCUUGCCAGAGCGCCUCGGUAGGGUGAUGCAGCGGAUGAAUCGAAACCACGAAUCACGCAUGCCAGGCAUCUCCAACGUCGAAAUUCAUUUUCCCCACACCGCGCAUGAGCAAUCUCGCUCAGAGGAACAGAGCCCUACGUCUGUCGAAGUGCCAUCGUUCAUGAAUAUGAUGUUUGAACGUCUCACAGCCGAUUUAUCGUGGCCAAAUAUUGUGCAUAUGCUAUCUGGCGAUCUGAGCUUUAUUAGAGAGAAACGCGAAGCCAUGCGACAAUACCUCAAUGAGCACCAUGCUCAGUAUUAUUCGCAUAUUGAUAACUCUGAGGAAAGUCAAGGCGGCAAUAGAGCCCGUCUUCAAGCGAUAGCAGACUACGAAGGUGACUUCUUGAUUCCAAUUAUAAUGGCGUUUAGGCACGUACAGGAGGUGCUGAGCGAAUUAACCACGGAGGCAGAACGGGAUCGUAUUACCUCAGAGCUGAAAAACGUGAUGAAACAUUUCAUUUAUAAACUUCUGAAUCUUAUUCUAAGUCUCGAACCGACGGAUGACGUACAAUGGGCAAAAAAAGUCAUUAAUCUCAUCCUCGAUGUACAAUGUAUGAUCGUGAAACGUGCCAAGGAUAAAUGGUUCCAUGAGCAUGUCGAGCCAUCUUUGGUGAUACGGAGACUCUAUGACGCAUUUCUUAGGGAGGUGUUUGAGACUCCAGGAAAUGACGAAGCAAACGCCCUUUACCUCAGUCUAUUACGUGAAGUGGCGGUGCCAGCAUUCGAGAGAAGCCAGAGGUCCUAUGAGACCUCCCGUAACGACGAUCCCGAGGACCAAGAAGAAAUUUUUACCCGGUGGCGAGAUGCGAUUGCAAAAGAGGAAAGUACUUCCGAGGCGGAGCUGAAUGAUGUGCUUCUUGAGGCGCUUGAAGCUCUUGAUGACCAGCAGGAACCGGAGCACAGCUCCUUGGCGGAUGUAAAAAGCGCACUUGCUGAAUGGGCACAAUUGGGAGGCUCGCACGCUGAGGCUGCAGAGCGUGUACGGCAGCUCCUGGCACGCGUUCGCGAGAGACCGGUCGAGUCAAACACCCCACCGGGCAACGAUACUGUGAACCCCCAUCCCCAAACUAAGACGUCUCCCUCCUUCUGCACGGAAUAUUUGGCUGAAUUUGAAUGA